AUGGAUGUAGAAUACAGCCGGAAAAUGGAUCUGCUCACAACUUUCGGAUUUAUCCUGGCCGUAAACUACGUGAGGCACGUGGUCCGAGCAGGAGUAGCAUGGUUCGCUAUACCCUGUUCGUCAUGGGUGUUCAUGUCGCAAGGGUCUACGAAGAGGCAUGUGCUGAGGCCAAAAGGUUCGACCAAGAUGAGAUCUACCAGUGAAGGUAGCCGCCUUGCAAGGAGGCUUAUGUACCUGAUGGAACUUUGCUACAGAAAAGGAAUCUUCUAUGUGGUGGAACAGCCCAUCAGCUCGCUUCUCUUUCAAUAUGGCCCAAUGCGGAAGAUGUUGAGACGCCACGGGGCUUGCCGGGUGACGACAUGGUUGGGGGCGUUCAAUGCCCAAACCCUUAAACCAGUAGUUCUUUGGGGAACAUGUCCCUUCCUGGAAAAGCUGAUCGCCCAACCAUCAAAGUUGAAAAGGAUGCAAAUUCGUCGCAUAAAAAGUUUCCUCGGCUUGGAGACGGUUCGAGUCUACGUUGACUCUUCUGGUCGAAAGCGGUGUGUCAGGGACCCUGGUUCCUUCAGGGAUUCUGUUUUUUGGGCUUUAAAAUUGUGCCACACGUUGGCAAGAAUUUGA